AUGCCUCGGAUUGCAGCAGCGUGCCGCUCUGUCGUCGUUGCUGUCGCACUCGUAAUCUUCACGCUUAUUUCCACCGCUCGAUCUUUCCAACCCAAAUUGCCCGAGAACAGCAUUUUUGGAACAUGUGCAACUCUGGUUCCGGAACACUACCUCCAGAUUGCGCAGCCACACAGCCAUCUCUUCGAUGCAUCAGAAGAACUCAAGGCCCGCGAUGAAACACUUGAGGCAUUACACAACUUACAGGGGAUAUUCUUCAAGCCAUGGCUAGGGACUUGGCGUGGCGUCGAGCAGUGGCAAACUGCGUUUCUUGUAUCUUGUCUGGCAGGUGUCAUACUGUCGCUCUCCGAGGACAUCACGGAAACUACACAACUGAAAACUAUAAACGCAAUCGAGCGGUACUUCACGAGUAUCACGAGCGCUUUUUUGAAACAAAAUGUGGACGACAUGAUUAUCAACGCACACGAUGAUAAACUAUGGGUGGCUGUUUCGUGGAUUGAGGUUGCCAGGAUGAUCCGCAUCUACUCACGACGACAUUAUUCGGACCACUCGCCCCUCCGGAUCGAUACCAACGGGGACUGGCAUGGCACACUUUGGCUACCCCUGAUGGCAACUCGAGCUGUGAUCUUCUGGCAGGCUUCCACAUCCGACUCGGAUGCGUUUGCAUGCCAAGGGGGCAUUACGUGGGAUCCUCGUCGCGCUGAGUAUAAAAACUCUAUCACAAAUCAACUUUGCAUGAUGACAGCUAUUGAACUGCACCACAGCCUUCCCCAAAACUGGAGAAACACCUUCCUCAAUGAGAUAGAAGAGUCGUCUUUCGAGCCUGUCAACGAAGGCCAGCACCUCCGGGCAGCGGUUGCUGCGCACGAAUGGAUCGCUGGUGCCGACUUGACAAAUGAAAAUGACGUUUUCGUUGAUGGGUGGCACUUUGUAGCAGACGGAAAUUCUGGUCAAGCCGUGCUUGGCACUCGGGACGAGUCGGUCUUCACGUACAACCAAGGUGUCAUACUCGGGGCGCUGAGAGGACUAUGGGACGCAACGGCUAAACCGUGCUUUCUCGAAGAUGGCCACAAGCUAAUCCAAAGCGUCAUCAAAAGUACAGGUUACGACUUAGCUAACGACAAGCCAUUCAAAAAUCGCGUUGUUCAUGAGUCCAUGCGUAUUCCAUUAUGGCAAGGCUUGGGUCGAGCUGGCGUUCGGGAAGACUAUUGCGACAUCUCCGGUAAUUGCACAAACGACGUGAAGCUAUACAAGGCUAUAUUCAUGCAUUACUUCAUCAGAUUCUGCCUACCGUUGGAUCAGAAAGACUUUCCAUCGACAUUGGUGUUCGACACAGAGAUGGUAACCGCUGCCACUGCUGCCCACCAUAAAUCAUGCUCAUCUUACUUGGGAUGGAUAGCCCACAAUGCUCGGGCAGCCCUUGGAACGAGAGACUCGAACGGAAGAUUUGGCAUGUGGUGGACGGACGGUCUUUACACCGCCGCUUUGCGAUCUUUCCAAGUUAUUCCAAACCAUGUCGACAUCCCUUCCGGAUCGUCUCAGGUAGAUCCUAAUUUUUUCGACAAGUUCAUGAUCACUCUGGGCAAUCCCAAUGAACAACGAUCCGGGAGAACAGCUGCAACUCAAGCAAGUGGUACAAUGGUGGUCAAGGCUUGGUGGUCUCUUCUCAGGGCCCUGAGACCCAAAACCGAAACUGUCGCUGUAGCACAUGCGCAAGAUGGCUUUUGUAGAGAGUAUCGUUAG